AUGGCAGAGCAUGCAAAGGCGGGCCCUCGCGUGGACGUCCAAUCGGUAGCUCCUCGGAAGGCCAGGGCGGAAGCUGCAGCCAUGGAGCCGCUCGUGCAUCAUAUGGAGCGCUUCUCCGAGGUGCUGGCCGUCUCGUGUGGGCCGCUGGUGCGCUCCUGGGAUGCAACAACCGUGCGUAGGGCGCUGCAGUGGGCACGCUAUCUGCUUCACGUGUACCGACGCUUCGCGGGCCGCAGCCGCGCGCGGGAGGCGCUAGAGAGGCGGAUCCAGUCGUGGGGCGGGCCGCCCGGGCUGCGCAGCUUCGCGGCGCUGGAGUUCGGGGACGCGCGCCUUCGCCUGCACGAACUGGGCGGAGCUGCCCCGGCGGCAGGGCGCGAGCUCCUCGAGACGUUGUGGGCGCGGGGGCCUCGCGAGCACGUGCUGAACGUGGCGGGCGAGGCGCUGCUGCGCGAUGUAGACCCGCAGCCCGCUCACGCCGCAGACUCUGCGGGUGCGAAAGAGACACAGGAACUGCUGCGGUGGCUUCUGGACAGCCCCGAGGUCUUGACCGCUUUCUGCCGCCAGCUGUCUGCCGUACGCCUGGCCUCCUUGGCCGACCGCCACCCCACGCUGUCUCGCGCCUACCUGGGCCUGCUCACAGCCUGGGCCACGCAGCUGCACUAUGACCUGCAGAAGGGCUCCUGGGUCCCCACGCAGCCUGAGGACGUGCCCUGGAAGGAGUUGUGCCUCCGGCUGCAGAGCUUGUGCCAGGCCCCACCACCCCUGCAGGAAGAGGUACUGGAGACUCUGCGCACCAACAAGGCGCUGGAUGGAGACUUCGAGGUUCCCGGGAUGAGCAUCUGGACAGACCUACUGCUGGCCCUGCCUGGUGGUGCUUAACUGAGUGUGGGAACAUGUGAGGUUCUUAAGUCCCAGGCUGAGCAUCUGGACAGACCCAUCUCAGGGAGGGAUGGAGGAAACAGCAAACAUCUCAGCCAAGCCUCCACACUCUAGUGUCCUGCUACUACUUGACUGUAUAUACAGUUGCAAAAUAUCAGCGUUCUCACCAAUGCCAUGUGCUACAUGGUCCCCAAACCUAAUUAUUUAGGUGCCAAUUGUAAGUGGUUCGUAACACAAGCACAAAUAUUCUUUGAGUUUUCUAGAUUCCAGAAAUAGUGUUAUUUCCCUUACGGUGGUGGAGCCAAGAUCUUGGUUGGCCAUGUUAGGCAAGUGCUUCACCACUGAGCUACACCCCUGCCCUUGGAAGAAUUCUUAAAGCCAUGGAAUUUUCAGCUUGCUUUGUGUAAGGCUAACUUGUAAGAAUACUAAAAAUAGAUACACCUUUUAAAGGAAAAAGCAACCUUAAAUUUUCCAAGCCCACCUUUUUAUCCGAUUGACUUAUUUUCCUUGUUUGCUGACUCUUUAUUGGUGAAAAGUUUUGUUUAACCAGAAACACGUGGCAGAAACAAAAUGUUAUUUUCAAAGCUGACUGGGUUAUAGUCAAGAUCUAGAUGUGCCUUCCUUAACCUGUCUACCAACCUUAAUGUGCAUUAAAGCUGUGUGUUCAGAAAAGUUCUGUCCCUCGUUUGUACAAAUCACUACUCUCAAAAGUCAAAAUAACAGCAUACCGAAGCAUUUCUUGAGAACACACCUAGUGUUUAGAGCACUGUAAAUGUAAAUGUAUCCUGGGAUUUCGAUUGGAUGGUAAAGAAAUCAAACUAGUCAGUUAGAGAAUCAAGGACACUUGUGCUAUUAAUCAGGUUGAGUUGACUUUUUUCUUCCUGGUUGCUGGAUGGAGACUAUUGGGAGUGUUUGUGACUAAGAACCCAACUUACAUCUUCUGGAUUCUGACAGGAUUUCCUUGCGCAUUUACACAGGAGCAACAGCUCAGCCAAACUCGUUAUAUUUUCAGCACCUUGGGACAUUUUCCUACUCACUUUUUUCUGGUCACUCUCAGCAAGGGAUACUUUCCUUUUUCUUCUGGACCCUUGGCAGCUUUUAUUAUUUUUUAUGAAGCUAGUCAGUAUCUCUUUUGAUGUUUUAGGGUCUCUGUUGCUGUAGUUAGCCUGGAACUCACUGUCUGCUCAUGCUAUCCUCAGAGUCCUGCAGUAUUCUCCUGCCUCAGCCUCCUAAAGGCUGAGUGUGAACCAAUGCAUAUAGCUGAAUUCUGUGUUUCCAUGGUUUUGCUAUUUUAAUAUUGUUGCAUCUCACUCAUAGCUUGUUUUCUGUUUUUUUGUUUGUUACAGGAGGAAACUUAAGUUUCAUAUAGUAAAGGACAUCUUGAUUCUCUCACAGUUUUAUCACUUCCGUUUCAGAUGACUUUGUGGGUUCCAAGCUUGUGUCUCCAUUUACGUAUUGGCUUUUGUUUAUUUCUUUUGAUUUUAGGGUUCUUUUGGGAAACACCUCAGGGUGAUAAACAUUUUAGUGUGUAUUUACAAAUGCAUGCCUGACUCCCGUUGAAAGAUGGUUUUGCUGUCCACGUGCUUUUCAGUUAACGUUCAGCGUGUCAUUCAUCUCUCUCUCCUUGUUGGUAAAGAAGGGAAGCCAUCCUCAGGCUACAGUUCCUUUGUCAGUGGACUUCUUUCUAUUUUAAAGCGAUCCUUGGUUCAACAUCUGCAUCCCCACCAUUUCCUCCAUGUUCCUAUUGUUCUUAAUCUGUCCUCUGACUGGUUGGGCCUAUACUAGGUUUAAGUUCCCAUAUCCUAAAGCUAUUUCCUGGCUGUCUCCUUGUCAUUUUGCUGCUGUGGAAACUGCCGGUCUCAUGUGACCCAUUUCCCGGUUCUGAUAUUCUGCCCCAGAUUUAAACCUGCAAAUGACUACCCAGCCUUGGGGAAAUUUUUUUCCAAAUUCCACUGCAGUUACACUGGCUUGGGGCACCUUGUGAAUAAGGAGAAGUAGGAUCUACAUCAUAUUUUCCCUCUUAGUGGGCUGAUGUCAGUGUGCUGCAGUGAAUUACCUGGGACCGAGACUGGAGAGGGGUCACCUGCCUAGCCACUAAAUAUGCCUCCCUUUUUAUUCAAAUGAUUGUUUAGGGAUGUGUGUAUCUAUCUAUGUUAUAUCAACAAUGCCGAGUAGUAGUGGCAAGGCUUUGGUAAUUCAAGGCCUGCCUGGCAUGUACUCAUAUAUUUGUAACAUAUCUCACGUGUUUGUUUGUUUUUAAUUCCAGGAUUAGUUUCUAGCAUUGGUUUUGUUGUUGUUGUUGUUUGUUUGUUUGUUUCAGAUCUGCUUUAUCUUUAAAUAAAUAUGUAUGUGUGUCUGUAUGUGGAUGUUUGCAUGUGAGUAAAGAUGCCCUUAGAGGUCAGAUGGAGAAUCCUGUCACCUAGAGCUGGAAUUACAGGUAGCUGGGAACUGUCCAGUGUGGGUCCUCUGCAAGAGCAGCAAAUGCUCUUCAGCACUGAGCCGUCAGCCACUCGUUUUUUAUAAUCUACAUUUCACUUCAGAGUCUGAAGUUUCUUAAGCUGAGAUCAAUCCCCACUGCAUUGAUGGGACUCCUUGUUUCUUUGUGUGCUUUUGUUUUGACUUUGUUGUUUUUGUUUGUGUUUUGAGUUGAAUUCCUUGGGCUGUACAUCUUGGUUGUCUACUUGUGUGGAUCUGUAAUCAACUAAGAGACAGGCUUCUGGAGACGUCUGAAAGGUAUCCCCUGGGAAGAUUAACUCGGGGAGAAGACCCACAAAUACACCCAGUAUCCUUCCGACCGCCCAGGUAUUUGGAGACCAGAAAGAAAAGCAAUUGCUUUGGGCUGCCUGCCUUGACCCUUGCUCGUGAGUGUAUAUACUCUCCACGUAUCUCACGUAUGACAACAUGCUCAGUGGAAACAAGCCCACUUCUGACUCAUUUCUCCUGGAGCAUCCUGAAUGUCUGGGUGGUAACUGACACUCAUAUGUAACUGAUCGCUAUGCUUGCGCGAAUGGAAAUAGAGCAAAACAUUGUGACAGUAUCUUCACCAGAGUCAUCUAUCUAAAAGGUAAAACCCAUUUUAGAAGUGAUUUAAGUAGAAUAAAUCUGAAUAAUCAAGGCCCAAUACAUUGUGACUUUCUCAGAUUUCAACCCAGCAGCCUUAAAUACUUCCCAGAGUUACUUUAUUCAACACAGAGUUGAAUCUGUGUUCAUCCAUGCCCUGACUAUUUCUGAGGAUAGCCUGGGCUACAUAGUGCAUUCAGGCUAGUCAGGGGUAAGUCCCAGGCCAGUCUGAGCUACUUAUGAAAUCCAGGCUAGCCUGGACCGUAGUAUAAGAUCUAUGACCUCCCCUCAAAAAGAAUUUUGUUACUGUGGAUGAAUUUUCAAGUUUACUCUUCCCCUCUAUCAUAUUUUGACUCUGAUGUUGUAUGCCAAAGUUCAAAAGUAGAACAGGUUAUAAACAGAAUGAC